ACACACACAUAAAAAUCUUAACAUCUCCCGAAAGGAAAACCCAAAACCUUCAAAAAUUACGAAACAACCCCACUAGUAAAAAUGAGAAAACAUUUCGUCCAUGUGACUCUCUCCUUCUUCACCUUCAUCAUCCUCUUAACUCCAUCAACCGCAGAACCAGAACCUUCCUUUGUCUUCCCUAUCCAUCAACUCCUCAACAAAACCAGCUCAUGGCUCGACUUCCCGACCAAAUAUAACCAACCAAAGAUCGAACUAACCGCAUCAACAAUCAUCGCCGCCGUACUCUCUUUCCUCGCCGCAACAAUCUCAAGCGCCGGAGGCAUCGGCGGCGGAGGUUUAUACGUUCCGAUAAUGACCAUCGUCGCGGGACUCGACCUGAAAACAGCGUCGAGCUUCUCUGCUUUCAUGGUGACAGGAGGAUCUAUAGCUAACGUGGGAUGCAAUCUUUUCGUUAGAAACCCUAAAGCUGGAGGCAAGACGAUGAUAGACUUCGACUUAGCUCUGCUUCUUGAGCCGUGUAUGCUUCUUGGAGUUAGUGUCGGAGUGAUAUGUAACCUUGUGUUCCCGAACUGGCUUAUAACGAGUCUUUUUGCUGUGUUUCUUGCGUGGUCGACGGUGAAGACUUUUGGUAACGGGGUUUAUUACUGGAAGAUGGAGUCGGAGAUGGUGAAGGUAAGAGAGGCGAGCCGUGUCCGAGAAGAAGAUGAGGAUAAGGUUGAGAGUGUGAAGUUGCCUCUUUUGGAAGAUUAUGAGAGACCGAAGAGGUUUCCAUGGAUGAAGCUUGGAGUUUUGGUGGUUAUUUGGCUCUCUUACUUUGCAGUUUAUCUUCUUCGUGGAAACAAAUAUGGCGAGGGAAUCAUAUCAAUCGAGCCAUGUGGAAUCACUUACUGGCUCCUCUCAUCAACUCAAAUACCACUCACUCUUUUCUUCACUAUUUGGAUCUGCUUCAGUGAAAAUGUUCAAGGCAACCAAAGUUCUAAUCACCAAGUCUCAGUAAAGGAUGUAGAAGAUUUGAGAUCACAUGAUGGAGGAAGAUCAAACAAGUGCAUGUUUCCUGUAAUGGCACUACUAGCUGGAGUUUUAGGUGGUGUUUUUGGGAUUGGAGGCGGGAUGCUCAUCAGCCCUCUCCUCCUGCAAGUCGGUAUCGCUCCCGAGGUAACUGCAGCGACAUGUUCUUUCAUGGUAUUGUUUUCAUCAACAAUGUCAGCGAUUCAAUAUUUGUUACUUGGCAUGGAACAUACUGGAACUGCAAGUCUAUUUGCGAUUGUAUGUUUUGUGGCAUCACUCGUUGGACUAAUGGUUGUUCAAAAGGUUAUAAACCAGUAUGGAAGGGCUUCGAUCAUUGUGUUCUCGGUUGGUAUUGUCAUGGCAUUGAGCAUUGUGUUGAUGACCAGCUAUGGAGCUCUCGAUGUUUGGAAUGAUUUUGUCUCGGGUAGUUACAUGGGGUUUAAAUUACCUUGUUGAGACCAAACAAAAACGGUUUUGGUUUCUUUGGUUAAUAAUUCAUAAUAGAUGUGUAUACCAUUAUCUUCUUGCAUGUGUGUUUGUUGCUCGCUGCUCCAUUUUCUCAUUAGAAGAUUUCUACAUUUUCUAUGGUUUAAAACAUUAUUCAGAAUGCACAUCUCGUGCAUUCGAAUAUAUGGUCAAAAUAAGAUAUACUUUUUAAACAAAAAAAAAAGAUAUGUUGUAGACCAAUACUCGGAGUAAUAUCAAAUUUAUAUAUGUUAUUGUGUUUGGAUGUG